AGGUUUUUUUUUGUCGCUAAAGCACAUCUAACCUAACGCUACUUUAGCGCUUUUGUCCACAGAGUUCACGGUGAUCACAGGUCAGGAUGAGCGCGCGAGCGUACUGCUCGCUCAUUGCUGUUUUAUUGUGUCUCUGCAGAUGUUUGAGCAUAACGGAUGCUACUCGAGGACGCUCCAAAGUGACUGGUUUCUGUCCGGCGAGGCUCACGGUUGUACCGUCCCGUCAAGGAUGUUCAUCUGACAGAGACUGCUCCAGAAAACACAUAUGCUGUCGUUUUGAUCGUGGCCCUGUGUGCGUGCCGCCUGUUUCCACAAAACCAGGAGAGUGUCCACCUGCCAAAAUGUGUGGAAGAAAAUCAUGUACCAGUUCUUGUGGAAGUGACUCUUGCUGUCCAGGCAACGAGAAGUGCUGCAGCAAUGGAUGUGGACAUCACUGUACAGAUCCAUAUAUAGUGAAACCGGGUCAAUGUCCCAGACCAACGAGGAGUCGAGUGUGUGAUGAACGCUGUUUCCAUGAUGGUCAGUGUCCUGCCAGACAGAAGUGUUGCCCAACCACCUGUGGCCGUUCAUGCAGUAAAGCAUUUGGCCAGGGACGUGGGGGAGACCAAGGUGACGGACAGGGACGUGGGGGAGACCAAGGUGACGGACAGGGUGGUGGUGGUUGGGGACGUGGGGGAGACCAAGGUGACGGACAGGGACGUGGGGAGACCAAGGUGACG